AUGCCUGGGCUUCUGAGAGCUGUCCUCUGCAUAAUUGAGGCAUUCCACAAGUAUGCCAGAGAGGAUGAGGACAAGGCGACGCUGACCUGCAGAGAGUUGAAACAGCUCCUUCAGGGCGAGAUUGGGGUCUUUCUUCAGCCACAUGUCAUUCAUGCUGUGCAGAGACACCUGAAUCUUCUGGAUAUUGACAAUGAUGGUACCAUCAAUUUUGAUGAAUUUGUUCUUGCAAUCUUCAGCUUAUUGAACCUCUGUUAUCUUGACAUACAAUCAUUACUAAAUUCAGAACCAAGAAAGGAAUCUAAGUCAGAAAAGGGGAAGACAAAUAAUGUGCAUCUUCAGGGAAUCACAAGAAAUGAUCAGCAAAUGACAGGAACUCUGCCAACUCAAGAAAAAGUGUUGCUUCCUUCUGGAAUAGCAUCAUCAUUCCAACUCAGCCACAAAGAAAGUGAGGCCAUUGGGAACAAUAAAGUGAACCCAAGGGAAGACAAGACUCAUAACCUGCCGAGAGAAGCAUCUGAGUACCUGGAAGGAGUUGAACGGAGCCAAGAAGUGGCUCAAGAUGUACCAGCAACAGAAGACAAAAGAGCCAGAAUUAAGAGAAAUAAACCAUUAACAGGAUCAGAACAGACUAGCUGUCCUGCAAAGCCAAUCCCCAAAGAGGGAGCUAAACCAGUCAGGAGGCCAAGUGGUAGCAAGACAAAUGACAGAUUUGAAGAACAGAAAGAAAACUUAAAACUACAAGAAAUAAUGCAGAGGCCUCCAGAUCAGGAAGCUGCACCAGAAAAGAGUAUUAAAGGCCACUCUAAACCACAAGAACCACCCCUGCAAGGUGAAGAUGAACCCAGGUCAGAGUGUGCUGACCCACUAGAAGCUGCUACAAGGAAACCAUCUCAGACACAGAAAUCAGCUAAUCCUGAAGAUGACAGAAUAUCAGAGGCUCCAGAACCAAGAAAGAAUGUUGAUAGGACAUCACCUGAGACUAAGGAUAGAGAUGAACCUGAGGAUUAUGGUAAAACAUCUGAUACCCAAGAAUCACCAGCACAGGAAAAAGAACAUGAAAUAAAGGACCUACCAGCCCAAGGUGAUAACAAAGAUAUUUCAGAAACCCCUGAUAUUAGAGCUGAAAGGAAAGAAAGUAGAGGCCUUGAGGCACAUGGACCAGCAUGGCAGAAAGAGUGUGAGAAGAAAACUCAGCCUUCAGUCCUGGAAGCCCAAACACAGGAUAGAAAGGAUCAGGAACUCCAAAGAUCAUCCAAACAAAAAGAUGCAGAAAAAGAUUCUGAGACACCAGAUCUAAGCACAGAAGAAAGAAAUCAAAAUUGCCCUAAAACCGGAGGCACAUCAGCCCCAGCAGAAGAGGUAAAACACACUGAGGAGGGUACAGCACCAGCAUUUGUGAACAGCAAAAAUACCCCUGCUGCCAGAAGGACAGCAGGAGCAAGAGAAAGAACCCAAGAGUCAGCUCCACUUGAGCGGCAGUCUGAAGGAGAAAACAGCAGGGCCACCAAGCCUUGUGACAAGGCAAUUGGAGAGGAAGACGGCUACAAGGGGGAGGAUCCUGAGGCCCCCACUGCACUGAAUAGCAAGGGAUCUUGUGAAACUCGCAAGAGUCUGGUUCCAGAGGACGGUGACAGAAGCUCAGAGACAAGUAAACUACGUGUGCAAGGGGAUUCCAAGAGUCAGGCACACCCACACAAAGGGUCUGUGCAAGGAAGUCACCUUAAUGGCCCAGAUCUCUGGAAGCACGGAGCGCCAGGUGAGAACAGGGCACAGGAAGCAGCGGUGGUGUUAGUGAGGGAAGAAGGCGUACGCCUCCUAGAGGGACAGGAACAGCCCUCCAGAGUACAGCUCAAGAGUCACAGCACAGGAACCAAAAGUCCGGAUGCAGCUGUGGAGCCCAGUGGACCCCUAGAGUUACAGAAGUCCACAACAAAAGGCAAAAAUCGAAAAUCCCUGCAGUCAGAAGUCCCAGGAGGCCUGGAUACCAACUUCACUGUAACACAGCUCCCCAAAAAGGGAGGCAGCAGAAAACAGCUGAAGACCCAGGGCCCAACGACCAAAGGCGAAGAAGAGGAUAGAGCACCAAAGAUCCAGGAAAUUCUCUUUAAAAGUCCAGGAGAGGACAAGUCACCCUUCCACAAGACACACCUUGAGGCAGAGGAACCAGCAACAUUGGAAGAAAAGAAUGUAAGUCUCUUCAAGCCAGCAGGACAAAGUGAUGACCAACGAAGUCAGAGUAUGAUUUUGAAAAAUUAUGAUUCUUCAAUUCCUCUGCCAGGCCUUGAAGAAAGGAUGCAGACAGACCAGAAGCCCUGUUCUGCGCAGAGGGAUGUGAUCCAAUCCAGUGCACUAUAUCAGAGCCUGCAAGAGAAGAUACAGCAGGCCAGGGAGUAUAAAGAUCUAUCCUCCACCACAGUGCUGAUGGAGCCUGCGCAUAGUGCCCUUGCCAAUGAAGGCAGCCUCAACACUCCUGCUGGGGAAUUGGAUGGAUGGACACUCAUGAAUGAGACAGAAAUCCCUUCACUUAUCAAAUAG